UCCGUUGAUACGCAGUCUAACCUAGCAGUUGCUCAGCUCAAAACCCUUGGAGUCACCCUUGAGUCCUUACUCUCAUCUCCCACUUUCAGCCUGUGUUGAUGUCCUAUUAGUGUUACCUCAGAAUUAUAUCUAGAACCAAAUCGUCUUCACUGCUGCUGGGAGUGUACAUCGGCAACUUGGCAAACUUUUGGGCAGUGCCCACUAAUGGCGAACAUUCAUACAUGCUGUGGUCCAGCAGCGGCACUCCUAGAUGGACGCAUCCACGCCGAAAGGUCCACACCGGAUGUCUACAGUAGCACUCGUCGUACCAGCUCCAAACUGGAAAAACCCCACCUGUUCAGCGACAGUACAAUGGAUAAUAAAUUGUGGAGGAUUCACACAGGGGAGCACAGUACAGCAGUGAGAAUGACAGGCGACUGCUGCCUGCAAUAGCAGGAUCGACUGUCACACGUGGCGUUGAGACACGCUGGGCGCAGUGGCGCAUGCGCCGUAUGAUUCCACGCACAUGAAGUUCAAAACAAUCCGGCCAUUUAAGAAGUAUCCCCCUACUUAAAAAAUAUCUAUAGAUGAAAUGGUGAAUGGUGCAAUGUCUGAGAUUUGCUUCAAAAAACAUGGGGAGAGGGAAGAAGAAAGUAGAGGUACAGUUGAAACCAGACUGGCCACAUACUGAUGAUUGGUGAAGAUCAUAAACUUCAAAUAUUCAUCAAGAAACACUAUCCAAAACUGCAUUCACUUGACUUUGAAAAGGUGUGAUGGAGAGCUGUUUCAGAGCCUAGAAGCAGGCCUGCGUCUGACCCACCAUGACAGCCACGGAGCUCGCAGGCCUUAUUCCUAAUAUGUCUGAUGACUACAGCUAUGACGCCACAUCUUCCAUGGAUGACUACAUGAACUUCAACUUCACCGACUUCUUCUGUAAGAAAAACCACGUCAGGCAGUUCGCGAGCCAUUUCCUCCCACCCUUGUACUGGCUCGUGUUCAUCGUGGGUGCCGUGGGCAACAGUCUGGUCAUCCUUGUCUACUGGUACUGCACGAGGGUGAAGACCAUGACCGACACGUUCCUUCUGAAUCUGGCAAUCGCCGACCUUCUCUUUCUCGUCACCCUUCCCUUCUGGGCCAUUGCCGCCGCAGACCAGUGGAAGUUCCAGACCUUCAUGUGCAAGGUGGUCAACAGCACGUACAAGAUGAACUUCUACAGCUGCGUGCUGCUGAUCAUGUGCAUCAGCGUGGACAGGUACAUCGCCAUCGCUCAGGCCAUGCGGGCGCAGACCUGGAGGCAGAAAAGGCUUCUGUACAGCAAAAUGGUUUGCUUUGCCGUCUGGGCGGUGGCGGCCGCGCUCUGCAUCCCAGAAAUCCUGUACAGCCAAAUCAAGAAGGAAUCUGGCAUUACCGUCUGCACCAUGGUUUACCCCAUGGACGAGAGUGCCAAGCUGAAGUCAGCUGUCUUGACCCUGAAGGUCAUCCUGGGGUUCUUCCUUCCCUUUGUGGUCAUGACCUGCUGCUACACCAUCAUCAUUCACACCCUGAUACAAGCCAAGAAGUCAUCCAAGCACAAGGCCCUGAAAGUGACCAUCACUGUCCUCACCGUCUUUGUCUUGUCCCAGUUCCCCUACAACUGCGUUCUGUUGGUGCAGACCAUAGAUGCCUACGCCUUGUUCAUUUCCAACUGCGCCAUUUCCACCAACAUCGACAUCUGCGUCCAGGUCACUCAGACCAUCGCCUUCUUCCACAGCUGCCUGAACCCCGUUCUCUACGUUUUCGUGGGUGAGAGAUUCCGCCGGGAUCUCGUGAAAACCCUGAAGCACUUGGGUUGCAUCAGCCAGGCCCAGUGGGUUUCGUUUACGAGGAGAGAGGGGAGCCUGAAGCUGUCGUCCAUGCUGUUGGAGACCACCUCGGGGGCGCUCUCCUUGUGAGAGACCGUCUCUCUGAGCCGGGUGGUCCUUCCGGAAGUAAGAAGAAAUACGGAUACAGUUUGAUGGGACCAGAGAGAAACCAAAGAAGAAAAAGGAAGUGAGAGAGAGGGGAAAAAAAACAAAACAAAACCCAGAAAGGAAUGAAUCUGAACAAUAUUAUUACUUUUAGCUGGAAUUUGCCAAACUGGAGUUUUCAAAGUUGACUGGCCACGCCAGGAAGCUAUCGACUAGCUCUUGGCUGCAAGAGGACCGACAGGAAGACCAGCAAGCAGCCCACCCUGGCUUUGACACUGGCCCGAGCAUUAAUGCAGCUGACCUCUGGAGGAGGCGUUGGGUUUUUCUCAGUGCACUGUGAACUGCUGUGGCUUUGGUUUUGAUGCCACUUCUUCCAAAGGGGGGCAUAGAAGCAUUGGUCACUGCCACAGCCCACAAAAGCAGAAGAUUUC